GAGAAGAAAGAAACCAGGGGGCCAGGCGCCGUCCAAUGACAAAGCCCAGGGGUGGGCGCCGGCCGCCAUCUUGUACCGGGCGGCAGGAUAUUCACCCGCGUCUUCCGCCCUCGGAGGGGGAGGGGCGGCGGCCGAGGCGAGAAAAGUAGCGAGAGACGCGCCGGCCCGGAGGCGCCAGCAGCGGCCGCCGCCGCGGAGCCGGACGCGGGCGGGGGCGGCGGCGGCGGCGGCGGCGGCGAGACCCGGCGAGCGCGGGCGGCCCCGAGCGGCCUCCGAUGCGGCGCAGCGUGAAGAGGCGGCGGCGCCGGCCCCCGGCGGCCGCGGCCCCGGUUGCCCGGGGCGGCGGCUUUAGGGCUGGAGGAGGGGCCGAGCUGGAGGCGCGGGAGGAGAAGGUGGUGUACUCGCGGUCGCAACUGUCGCUGGCCGACAGCACCAAGGCACUGGGCGACGCCUUCAAGCUGUUCAUGCCCCGCAGCACGGAGUUCAUGAGCUCGGACGCGGAGCUCUGGAGCUUCCUCUGCAGCCUCAAGCACCAGUUCUCCCCGCACAUCCUGCGCAGCAAGGACGUCUACGGCUACUCCUCCUGCCGGGCCCUGGUCCCCGACCCCCCGCCGCCCCCCGCAGCCCGCGGCCAGACGCGCAGGCCGGCGGCCAGGAGGAGGCGCCGCGGAGCCCGGGCGGCCGCCGCCCGCCGGAGGGGGGCCCCGCCGGGCCCGCCGCCGUCGCCGCCGGCCCCCGAGGACAUCUGCCCCGCCAAGCCCGCGGCCCCCGGGCCCUGCUUCGGGGGCCGCACCCUGGAGGAAAUCUGGAGGGCCGCCACCCCGACGCUGACCACCUUCCCCACCAUCCGCGUCGGCGGCGACGUGUGGGGCGAGCGCAGCCUGGCGGCGGCGCGGCGACGGGCACGCCAAGUCCUGCGAGUGAACCUGGAACCCGUGGUGAGGCUUCGCCGCUUCCCGGUGCCUCGGGCGUGAGCCGCGGCCCUGGCCCCUGCGCCCCGGGACGGCUUCCGCCUGGAGGGAUGAACAAGUGACAGUCGAGUGUUUACAGAUCCGGCCUGGACCGCGUCCCCUAGUGCACUUUACGGGC